AUGACUAAAAGAGGGAACCAUUCUAUGGUUUUGCAUCACUUAACACAAGAAUAUAAAAGAAACAAAUUCACCUGCUUGGCGACAGUUCAGCUAGAAAUCUGGCCUUUGCCAGAUGCAAGUCAGAUGGACAACAUGUUGAUAUUUUGGAUUACCUUUUUCUGUGCUGGUAAUCUAGGUCAGUCCGCCGUCUUUAGCGAAAAUGUGUGGCCGCAAAACGAUCAAAUGUUUAAUGCUCACAUAAAAACAUUUUCAAAUCACAACUCAUAUGAUAAUAUACACAUAACAACCAAUUCUCCAUUGGAAUUGCCAAAAACUAAAGUGGCACCUGCAGUAACCAACUUAUUGGGAACUGAAAAUUUUCAGAACAAUAUGCAGUCCCUUGAAGUAAACCCAUCAAUUUUGAGUGCUGAAUCAGGUCUUCAAUACAGAACUGAACCUGGAUUUAAUAAAGCUCAUGACUUUAGAUAUCAUAAGCCAAAUAAUAAUAAUCAAAAAGUAAAAUUUUCUUCGUAUAAUGAUCCUCCGUACACAAAUCCUAUAAACGUCCUACCUCUGCAAACAAAUAAUGCUCCCCAGUUGCCAAAGUAUAAAGGAGCUGUCGUUCAACCUUAUGCAAAUCGAGCAUUUGCAAAGUUUCCAAAUGACUAUGAAGAAUUCAAAUCGCAGCCUCUGCUUCAUUUCAAUAAUAAAGGGAAUAAUAGCCCUAUUCCAUUUAAUGAUCCACCAAAAAAAAAUAAGUAUAAAACAGGGAAGAUAAAACCAGGUAUAGAAAUUGUUACACACUCGAGCCCUACUUCAACAAUCAAAGAAGAAGAUGAUGAAAAUUCUUAUGAAGAAAGUAAUAAUGAAAAUAAAAAUAUUGAUAGCUAUCUACCUAGAGAUGAAGAUGAUACUGUAGAUGAACCUGAAAAAUAUUUUGGUGAACCAGGGUUUGAAAGUAAUUUUGAGCCAUCUAAAACACAUAUUUUUAAACAUUAUGAAGAAGACUUUCAAAAUAAUAACAAGCCUCUAAGUGAAGCCUAUCAUGAGGACAAUACCAAAGAUGACAAUUAUCAAGUCAAUUUAGCAGCUAAAUAUCGUUACAAUAUUUCAGAAAAUGAAAAUGAUUAUAUAACUACAAUCAAGCCAGAAUCACAAGAUGACUUUUCUGGUCCGUACAGUGAAGAGGAAGAAGAUAACACGGAGGAAAGGAAAAAAGAAGAAAAUAAUUCCAAUUCCAGUCUUGAAACAAUUUCUCACGAAACUGAAAAUAGUUCUAAAUUCCCUGUGAAAACAUAUGCUGAUAGUUUUUAUAAAAAUUAUAAAGCAAAGACUAAACAAAAUCAAGCUUUAAAAAUUCCCAAAUCCGGUGAAAGCAGAUCAUACAGUAGUUUCCACCGAGUAAAUUCAUCACCUAAAACUACAAGAAAAAAUAGUAGGCCCAAUAACCGAGAAAAAUUAAGUGUUGCAACAUCAUCGUUUUCGUUAGAGUCACCAUUCCAGUCAGCCGAUUUUGAUUUUCCGAUUUUAAAAGACAAUUCUUUCAAUUCUCACAAAAACACAUCGUACUCGCGUAAAACAAAAUGGAAUAAUGAAGGUAACAAACGCCACAAAAAUUCAAGACAUACAUCUGAAGAUGUAGCCCGUGAAAAAUCUGCUGAAAAAUCAGUUUUAGAAAAUCUUGAAACGUUCGAUUAUUGA